GGAGCUCUGGGUUGGGUUGCAUAAGGACUCUGUCGCCAUUCGGGAUGUCGUGUCCGCUUUAACACGUGAAGAGAAGGCGAUGAUGAUACGGCGCACACAAGUCUGAUGUUCAACAGCAAGAGUCACCGAACAAAAAGGUAAAAUCUUACCGCAUCAUAAAUCUUUUUUUGUUUGGUUUUGUUUUGAUUGUUUGCUUGUUUUAUUACUCCUUGUCUGCCUGUGAUAUCCCAGUUAUCAGAGUUUGACAGUUAUACUCAGUCUUACUCGACUGUCUUUUCGGUUGAAAACAUUCAGAGGCGUCAAAAAAGAAAUGAAAGUUUGACUUCUCCAAGAAGACUCCUGUCAUAGUGACACAGCGAAACAAAGUGAAUCGUUCUCGACCCCUACAUAAAUGAAAAUGAUCAAAAGCCUUCAUUUCCCAGAACCGCACACGCUCUAAACGUAAACACCGACUUUCAGUUUAACUUGCCUUUUUGUCCUAGAACUAUUUGUGUGUUUCAGAUCAUUCCCCCGAAUGCACACCACAUGGUGUCCUAACCAGCCUCAUGUUUUGUCAUCAGACAAACAGGUUUGUCGAGAUGUGCCGGCUCACGUAUAAACACCGCUCAGCAGGACUGCUCAGCAGGACUGCCGAGUUCACACGGUUCGAGCUUCUUUGACGUUUGUGGUCCUCUCUCGGCCCAGAAUGCCCAUCAAACACUUUCAGAUUGAAUAUGACGCCAUCAACACCAGGAACAUUUUCACCAAUGGAGACACCAUCAAUGGACGGAUCAUCCUAGAAGCCUCGACGAAAACAAGGAUCCAGUCACUUAUUUUCAUAGCUAAAGGAAAAGCUUUAGUUCGUUGGGUUAAUUAUUAUGGGGACAUAAUCGACAGGGAGGAUGAAGUGUUCCAGGACAAGCUAAAAUAUUAUCGAAUCAAACAGGAUAUCGUGAAAGAAGGAGAACAAGAUGGCAAUGAAGUCAUUGAAAAAGGAAGGCAUGUGUUUCCUUUCAGCUUCAAGAUACCAAACAGCCGAAAGAUACCUUCAUCUUUCUCCUCAAUCUAUGGUCAGAUUGUUCAUACAUUGAAGGCAGAGCUCAAACAGUCAAUGAAGCUGAAGAAAAAGGCCAAAACUCACUUCACAUUCGUGGGCAAAGCAGCAGGAUCUGGAUUCAUGGCCCGUCAACAUCAAAGCAUGUACAAAAACCUUGUCCUUGGCUCUGGAAAGGUUUCGAUGGAUGUCCAUACAAGGCACACUGGAUACAAACAAGGUGAGGCCCUCCGGGUCCGGGUUGAAAUUGAAAAUCUCUCAAGUCGCUCCGUCAAACCCAAAUUUGUAUUGUAUGAGAAGAAGAGCUUCUUUGGCUCAAGCCGAGGUAAAAUUCUGAGACAUGACAUAAUGAAGGAAAAGGCAGAUGCAGUCGAUGCGAACGCUGGGAAAAAAACUGUGAUAAAGGAAAUCAUCAUCCCUCCAGAGCUUUCUCCGUCCAUUUUGAACUGCUCCAUCAUCAAGCUAGAGUACAGGCUAAAGGUGUAUUUAGAUAUCCCAUGUGAGACAGACAUAGUGAUCAAACUCCCUAUUGUCGUCCUACCUGAGGUGUCAGAGGAGAAUCCAUCUCGGUCUGACACAUUUGGAAGUCCAAACCAGCCAGCCUGGAUGUCACAAUUAAUGGAGCCUCCACCUUCCUAUGAAGAAUCUGCAAAGUAUCCCAUUUUUCCUUUUGGAAAUUAACGUACUCCACUGGAAACGCCUACUUUAAAUGGGGACAUCAUGACUUUUGCACAAUUUUUGUACGACACCUCGUUAUGUUUUUUUUAGCGAUCAAAUGGUGGCAUUACCUACAGUCCAACUUUUCCUCCAUAAAUAAGCCACAUAAAGUAUGAUUCAGAUCAUUUCUUUGAGAGCACGACAGCUAUCGCAGAUAAUGAUUUUAAGAAUUCAAAGAAGAGUUACUUUUUUAAGUAAUGUCUAAAAGUACGUAAUGAAAUGUUCAUGAAAGGCUUUGUGACUGGAGAUGUAUCCUGUAAGAAGGCCCACCUCCUCUUGCACACUGUCUGCUGGAGAUAGGCAAUGAGUUGCAACCUUUAAGAGAUUGGUUCAAAGAAUUAAAUUAUUUUGAAUGCACUUUAUUUCAAUGAAAUGUGGAUGAUCUUGACACUUUUCUUGGGUUUUUGGCUUACAAUUAUAUGUAUUGUAUGAGAAGCUGUAGUGAGAUGUUUGACCGUUCUUUAAAGGGGAUAUCCCUCAUGAGUUUUUACAACGCAUAAUAUUAGGCUUGACAGAAUUUUUGACUCACACCAAACUUGUGACGAGUGACGAAUGUUGACGAGUAUAAGUAUUUUAAAAAUGCUGUUUUAAAAGCCCCACACCUUGACUUAAUCUUGCUGUUGUGUUUUGCAUUUAAGGUUUACUUGAUCCCUUUUAAACUGUUUUGAAACAGUUUAAAUCACCUUUUAAAGGUGAUUUCACCUGUCAUAGUUUACUAUUUUAGUUGAACAAUGUAUUUAAAGUUAAUUUGCACUUUGGUCCAAUUUGUUUUGUUUUAAAUGUGUUGUUUCCUUAAAUAAACUGACAUCAAACUGUGAUGUUUGAUACUUUAAACUUAGAUUUUUUCUACCUUUUUGAAAACAAUAACUACAGUUAUUUUCAAUUAACUAAAAUGUGCAUGUCUAAGAGGCUUGUUUGUCAGAUAAAAAACAACAACCUUUAAGACAUACCUUUCAUUAAGCACCCGUUCCACAUGAAAAUUUGUUGCAUUUUUAUUGAUCUUGUGCAAUAUUCUAAUCUUAAAUGCUGUGUUUUUAUA